AACGCCAGAUUAGAUACUAGACGCCAAACUUAAGUCGAGCAUAUAAAAAAUAUCAAAUUAUGGCCAAGCAGUGCCUUUUAACCGCAUUCGAAGCGCAUUUGCAGCGCUGUUAAAUCGUGCAUUGAACUGCAACCGAAAGCCAAUUGGAUUAGCAUGCAGUGCGCGGACAUUCUGAUUAGCGGCAAUCAGCAACUGAUUGUGCUCAUCGAGUCCAAUUGGAGCCCCAAUUGCGCGGGCAGCUAAUCAAUUGGAUUUCAAUGCUUGUUACGCACAGAUGGCGCUUUUGUCGUUGCUGCUCGGCCUGGGACUGUGCCUGUUGCUGUGGCGCAUGAGACAGCUGCUGCAGCUGGGCAGCAGCCUGCCCGGACCGUGGGCCCUGCCCGGCUUGGGCAAUGCCCAAAUGAUUGGCAAGCUGAAGCCAGAGUACAUCUUUCUGGUGUUUACAGAGCUGCGCGAACGCUUUGGCGCCACCUACCGACUCUGGGUGGGCCCCCAGCUGUGGGUCUUUCUGCAUAGUCCCGAGGAGACGCGCCAGGCACUGCACGAUCCCACACUGCGCAAGGCGGCCACAUUCCAACAGCUCUCGCCGCUCAUUGGCAACGGCCUGCUGAUCAGCCAUGGUGCCGCAUGGGCUGCACAGCGGCGACUCCUCACGCCGGCGUUUCAGCCACAGCUGCUGCGCAGCUUUGCGCCAAAGGUGGCGACGCAUGCGGAUCGCCUGCUCGAGAGACUGCAGCGGACAGGCGGCGAUGCCAUCGAGGUGACGGAUCAUCUGUUUGCCUGCCUGCUGGAUGCCAUUGUCGACACCUCAAUGGGACAUCGGCUGGAAACGCAGCUGGUGGAGCACUCGCCCAUUGUGGCAGCCUUUCAUCGCAGUGGCGAGCUGCUGUUCAAGCGAAUGAUCAAUCCUCUGCUCUCCUCCGACUUUGUGUUUAGGCGCACGCGUCUGUGGCGCGAGCUGUGCGUCCAGCUGCAGCUGAUACACGAGCUCAUGGAGCGGGUCAUAGAGCAGCGCGAGAGGCAGCUGUUGGAGCCGCAGGCCGGGCCACGCAUCCUGCUGGAUGCCAUGUUGCUGGCGGGGCUGAGUCGUCGGCAGAUACGGGACGAGGUCAACACGUUUGUCUUUGCGGGCGUGGAUACCACCACAGCAGCCAUGGGCUUUGUGCUGUACGCGCUGGCCAAGCAACCGUCGACACAGGAGCGUCUGCACGCGGAACUGUCACAGCUGCCGCCGGGCGGCGCUGCGGAUCUGGAUGCGCUCCACAAGCUCUGCUAUCUGGAUGCUGUGCUCAAGGAGGUGCUGCGCAUGUACACCAUAGUGCCCAGCACGGGCCGCCAGACCACCAAGGCGACAACAAUUGGAGGGCGUCGCUACUGCGCCGGCGUCACGCUCUGGAUCAAUAUGUACGGUCUGGCCCAUGAUGCACGCUACUUUCCGGAGCCCUACGAGUUCCGGCCAGAGCGCUGGCUGCAGGCGCAAACGGAGUCAGAAGCGAAGGCGUCUACCUACAGCUAUAUACCGUAUUCGGGUGGACCGCAUGUCUGCAUUGGACGCAGGUACUCGCUGCUGCUGAUGAAGCUGCUCACCGUUCGCAUUGUCCAGCGUUUCCACUUGGAGUUAGCCGAGCCGCUGGCGCCACUGGUCCUGCAGGCCCAAAUGGUGCUGCGCUCCCGCGAUGGCAUACACAUUAGGUUUUUGCCACGCAUCGAGUCCGAGUGAUUCAGCGAAGAGUGCCCGACUA